AUGUCGAGAGCAUUAGAGAGUGUCGAGUUAAAGAAGACUAUUAUCAACCGGAAUUGCCUGACACAAUUGGAACACGAACAACUACUAUCUACACCAAAAGGAUACAUAUUUGUGGGCGAUGCGCAAAGAAGAGCCGAACUAAAAAAAUGCACGAAAGAUAACAUGAAUACCAGACUCGACACAGGCGACAUGCGACCAACAGUUGCAUCAAUGCCAAAACAGCAUACGAUAGCAAGUCUCUGCAAAUAUUUUAACAGUCUUGAAAUACAAUGCAACUCGCCGGCUUGGCGACAAGAAUUCAUAAGCACCGUGAUGAACAGCGUGCUGCAAAUAAUCACCAGUGAUAUAAGUGUAGUAAAUACUUCUGAGACAGCCAACAUUAUUCUCAAAACUCUAGAUAGUAUUACUAAUAGUAAGACAACUAUGUCGUCACCCAAAGACCGAUUACAAGAAGUGCAGGUAUACUUGUCUUCGGCGUUAGCGCCUUGGUUAGAAAAGCCGACAGAUAAUAUAUGUGCGGACGCAGGGAAAACAAUUAGUAGAAAAGUUAGUAAAGCUGGAGCUGAUGGAAAAAGUGGCACAGGUGUUGCAGGUAGAAAAUACGGUAAAUCUGGUGCUGAUGGGAAAGGUGGUAGAGCUGGUGUUGGUGAAACAGAUGGUAAUACUGGAGGUGAUGAAAAGAGUGGUGGUGAAGGAAGAUAUGAAAAAAGCGGUACAGCUGGUGUUGGUGCAAAAAGUAGCAAAGGUACUUAUGGUGGAAAAGGUGAAAAAGGCGGUAAAGUUGGCGCUGAUGGAAAAAGUGGUACAGGUGCUGCUGUUGGGAAAGAAGGUAAAGCUGGCACUGCUGAGAAAAGUGUUAGAGAUGCUGAUAGUAAUAAAGGCGGCAAAGUUGGCGCAGAUGGAAAAAGUGGUACAGGUGCUGCUGGUGGUAAAGAAGGUAAAGCUGGUGCUGAUGGAAAAAGUGGUAAAGAUGCUAACAGUGGUAAAACUGGAGCUGAUGGAAAAAGCGGCACAAGUGUUGCAGGUCGAAAAUCUUAUAAAUCUGGUGCUGAUGGAAAAAGUGGUAAAGAUGCUAACAGUGGUAAAACUGGAGCUGAUGGAAAAAGCGGUACAAGUGUUGCAGGUAGAAAAUCUUUUAAAUCUGGUGCCGAUGGAAAAAGCGGUAGAGCUGGUGUUGGUGAAACAGAUGGUAAUACUGGAGGUGAUGAAAAAAGUGGUAUAACUGGUGUUGGUGGUGCUGAAAAAAGUGGUAAAGGUGGAAAAGGUGGUAAAGCUGGAACUGAUGGUAAAAGUGGCACAGGUUUUGAUGGUGGAAAAAGUGGAAAAGGCGGUAAAGCUAGCGCUGAUGGAAAAAGAGGUAAAGAUGUUGAUAGUGAAACAGGUGGUAAAGCUGGAGCUGAUGGUAAAAGUGGCACAGGUGCUGAUGGUGGAAAAAGUGGAAAAGGCGGUAAAGCUAGCGCUGAUGGAAAAAGAGGUAAAGAUGUUGAUAGUGAAACAGGCGGUAAAGCUGGAGCUGACAGAAAAAGUGGUACAGGUGCUGAAGAUGGAAAAGGUGGUAAAGCAGGGGCUCGUGGAAAAAGUGGUAAAGAUGCUGAUGGUGAUAAAGGUGGUAAAUCUGGAGCUGAUGGAAAAAGUGGAACAAAUGCUGCUGGUGGAAAAAGUGACAAAGCUGGCACUGGUGGAAAAAGUGGUAACGAUGCCGAUGGUGGAAAAAGCGGUAAAGCUAGAGCUGAUGGAAAAGGUGGCACAGGUGCUGAUGGUGGAAAAGACAGUAAAGCAAUAGCUGAUGGAAAAAGUGGUAACGAUGCCGAUGGUGGAAAAAGCGGUAAAGGUGAAGCUGAUGGAAAAGGUGGCACAGGUGCUGAUGGUGGAAAAGAUAGUAAAGCAAUAGCUAGUGGAAGAAGUGGUAAAGAUUCUGCUGGUGGGAUAAAUGGUACCGCUGGUGUCGGAACUGGCGCUGAUGGAAAAAGUGAUACAGCUGGUGUCGGUGCUGGUGGCACAAAUAAAAAUACUGAGCAUGAAACAACUUACCCAGACAUCCAUUCUUCAGGAAAAGAUAACGAAAAAACUAUGAAAGACAUGAGCCAUCGUCCUGGAGACCAGGACGGCAGACAAGAGUUGGAUAAAACGGAAAAAGACGAUGAUGGACGUCUUGCCUUAGAAGUGGAACAUGAAUUUCAGGCCCACAUGUCUGAACUAUUGGCUGAAUGUAUUAGGAAACACGAGACGCGGAAAACCCAAGCUCAACCGUCAAAAAAAGGUGUAACGUUUACGGAUAAAACGGAUCUAAAAACCACGUGCCCUGGAAUAAAUACCAAGGAUUUACAUUUGAGGAAACAAGACGAGUUAAAGAUUGCAUAUUCAGAAACAGAAUUCAAACCGCAUUUGAAUAUUUCCAAUAAAAUAUCCAUUUACACGCACACCCAGUCGCUUUUAGUGGAAUUUGCUGUCUAA